GCCCCGCCGCCGGCCGGUUCCGCUCGGAGCUGCGUCCCGGGACGUGGGGCCCGCGGAGCACUCUGUCCACCAUGGCCUCAGCUGACAAGAAUGGCGGGAGCCUCUCCUCUGUGUCCAGCAGCCGCCUGCAGAGCCGGAAGCCACCCAACCUGUCCAUCACCAUCCCACCACCUGAGGCCCAGGCCUCCGGCGAGGCGGCCAGCAUGCUGCCGGAGAGGCCCAAGAACCCAGCCUACGUGAAGAGCGUCAGCCUUCAGGAACCACGGGGACGAUGGCAGGACAGCACAGAGAAACGCCCGGGCUUCCGCCGUCAGGCUUCCCUGUCCCAGAGCAUCCGCAAGGGCACGGCCCAGUGGUUCGGUAUCAGUGGCGACUGGGAAGGCAAGCGGCAGCAUUGGCAGCGCCGCAGCCUGCACCACUGCAGCGUGCGCUAUGGCCGGCUCAAGGCCUCGUGCCAGAGGGACCUGGAGCUGCCCAGCCAAGAGGUGCCAUCCUUCCAGGGUACUGAGUCUCCAAAACCCUGCAAGAUGCCUAAGAUCGUGGAUCCUUUGGCCCGUGGCCGGGCCUUCCGCCACCCAGACGAGGUAGACCGGCCGCAUGUGCCCCACCCACCGCUGACCCCGGGAGUCCUGUCUCUCACCUCCUUCACCAGUGUCCACUCCGGCUACUCCCACCUGCCCCGCCGCAAGAGGAUGUCCGUGGCUCACAUGAGCUUCCAGGCGGCCGCCGCCCUCCUCAAGGGCCGCUCGGUGCUCGACGCCACGGAACAGCAAUGCCGGGUGGUCAAACGCAGCUUCGCCUACCCCAGCUUCCUGGAAGAGGACGCGGCCGACGGGGCGGAUACCUUCGACUCUUCCUUUUUUAGUAAGGAAGAAAUGAGCUCAAUGCCGGACGAUGUGUUUGAGUCUCCCCCACUCUCUGCCAGCUACUUCCGAGCCAUCCCACGCUCAGCCUCCCCGGUCUCCCCCGAAGGGGUGCGGAUCCCACUGAAAGACUACAGCCAGGCCCCAGUGGCCCGGCGUGGCAAGCGCAUUGCUUCCAAAGUGAGGCACUUCGCCUUUGACCGGAAGAAACGGCACUACGGCCUGGGCGUGGUGGGCAACUGGCUGAACCGCAGCUACCGCCGCAGCAUCAGCAGCACCGUUCAGCGGCAGCUGGAGAGCUUCGACAGCCACCGGCCCUAUUUCACCUACUGGCUGACCUUCGUCCACAUCAUCAUCACACUGCUGGUCAUUUGUACCUAUGGCAUCGCGCCCGUGGGCUUUGCCCAGCAUGUCACUACGCAGCUAGUCCUGAGGAACAAGCGAGGCUAUGAAAGUGUGAAAUACACCCAGCAGGAGAACUUCUGGAUCGGCCCCAGCUCGAUCGACCUGAUUCACCUGGGAGCCAAGUUCUCGCCCUGCAUCCGGAAGGACCAUCAGAUUGAGCAGCUGGUGCAGCGGGAGCGGGACUCAGAGCGGGACUCGGGCUGCUGCGUCCAGAACGACCACUCGGGCUGCAUCCAGACCCAGAAGAAGGACUGCUCGGAGACUUUGGCCACCUUUGUGAAGUGGCAGAAUGAUACUGGGCCUCUCAUGGAUGAAGCAGAUCUGGGCCAGAAGCAACCGUCAAGGGUUGUGUGCCACCAGGAUCCCAGGACGUGUGAGGAACCGGCCUCCAGUGGCGCCCACAUCUGGCCUGAUGACAUCACCAAGUGGCCGAUCUGCACAGAGCAGGCCCGAAGCAACCGCACACGCUUCCCGCAUAUCGACUGUGAGAUCAAGGGCCGACCCUGUUGCAUUGGUACCAAGGGCAGCUGUGAGAUCACCACGCGGGAGUAUUGUGAGUUCAUGCAUGGCUAUUUCCACGAGGAGGCGACGCUAUGUUCCCAGGUGCACUGUUUAGACAAGGUGUGCGGGCUGCUGCCUUUUCUCAACCCCGAGGUCCCCGACCAGAUCUACAGGCUCUGGCUGUCUCUGUUCCUGCAUGCUGGUGUGGUCCACUGCCUUGUGUCCGUGGUCUUCCAAAUGACCAUCCUACGGGACCUGGAGAAGCUGGCUGGCUGGCACCGCAUCUCCAUCAUCUUCAUCCUCAGCGGCAUCACAGGCAACCUAGCCAGCGCCAUCUUCCUCCCCUAUCGGGCAGAGGUGGGCCCAGCCGGGUCACAGUUCGGCCUCCUCGCCUGCCUGUUCGUAGAGCUCUUUCAGAGCUGGCAGCUCCUGGAGCGGCCCUGGAAGGCCUUCUUCAACCUGUCGGCCAUUGUGCUCUUCCUGUUCAUCUGCGGCCUCCUGCCCUGGAUCGACAACAUCGCCCACAUCUUCGGCUUCCUCAGCGGCCUGCUGCUGGCCUUUGCUUUCCUGCCCUACAUCACCUUCGGCACCAGUGACAAGUACCGCAAGCGAGCCCUCAUCCUGGUGUCGCUGCUGGUCUUUGCUGGCCUCUUCGUCUCCCUGGUCCUCUGGCUCUACUUCUGCCCCAUCAACUGGCCCUGGAUGGAGUACCUCACCUGCUUCCCUUUCACUAGCCGCUUCUGUGAGAAGUACGAGCUGGACCAGGUGCUGCACUGACCGCUGACCCGCUGGGCACUGACCACGCACAGACGGUGUCUGCGCUAGCCUACCUGUCCGCAGAGACUUGUGGGCAGGGUCCUGGGCCCGGGUGCUUGCGCCACCCAGCAAAGCUGACUCCGUGUGAGACAGCUGGUAACAGCAGGUUCUCCAGGGAGGUGAGGCCUCCCUUUCCUCAGGCCUGAAUGUUCUUGGCCCAAGCAUGGGGACACACACAAUACCUGCUUCUCCAGAGCUCAUGUCUCAGGCCCCUUUUCUCAACCCCUUGAGGAAUGCUCUUUUUUUUUUUUUUCCUCCCCCAGGGUCCUGGGCUGCCUCUGCAGUGCAGGUACCAUCUUCCUACUGUCACUGGGACUGGGGCUCAUUAAGUGCAGAUGUUUCCUCAGUUGCUCCCAGGGUUGGGGGUCCCCACCAUGUUACCAUGACCCUCCCCCUUCCUGCUCUAUCAGCUCUCCCUGCAUCGGCCCAUGGACUCAAGCCUGCUCUUAAGCUCCUGGCCAGUGCAUUGUGGGAGAAGCCUUGGACAUGGUCUUGGGGCAGAGAACAAGCAAAGCAUGGCUAGAUGGGGACUCUAAGGGCCUUUCUUUUAGCAAAGAGGCCACAUCUCAGCCCACCCACCAGCCCUGGCUCUGGCAUUGGUAUGGGCCACACAGGUUAGCUCUGAAACCAGGGCGUCCUCACUGCCUUUCUUGCUCCAGCUAUGUGGGUAUGGGCCUGAGCCAUCCCAACAGCCUGCUCCCAGGGACGCUAAAGGCUCAGUUGGGACUGGGAUUUUUUUUUUUUAAACCAGUUUAUAUUAUGGUCCUAAUUUUUAAAGGUAACGCUAACUUUGUAUGGA